GUUUCAACUUUGAAAUUGGGUCCGUGGCAAGAAUUUACGACUGACUUCUCCUCGACGCGACCUCUCACCAUUCUCUACCCUAACCACCAUGGCAUACGACGAACGUCGACGGUCGCUCGCCGAUAUUGAGGCGACAUUACAGGACAUCUUCAACCACCAUCCACUCGUCACCUCCACCAAUGCUGGUGAAUCUGCAAUACCAGCUGACUCUCUUGUCGACGUUCUCAAGUCAUUAUCGGAUGUUUACAAUGGCUUCGAGCUUAUGGACAGCACAGAAAUAGCACAGCUCAAUGACGUUCUCAAAGACAACCCUGGUUUGCAAGUGACGCCGCCGCUUUUACUUCAGCUGUACAGGGACAAAUCCAAGCACCUUACUUCUCCUCUGUCACCUUCGACAAGCGAUGUGGCAGACUCGUCGGAAGGUCGGGGGCGCCCUCAAGACCGGAUAGAAGGCGAAGGAGAUCAUUCUCGGUCGUCAAGUAGUGAUUCUCAAAGCAGACCUCCAUCUCGUGGACCACUGACGCCAAAAACGCAGUCAGUAUUUGACACGCAGCGGCGCCAGCGCUCGACUCCCUUAAGUAAUAAUGCACCAUCGAGUUGGACUAAACGUCCACCCGCACCACAUCGACGAAAAAGUGACGCUGGCAGUCGUAGCGAUUCAGAAAACAGCCCAAGUGCUUUUAGGCAGACAUUCUCACGGAACAGGACCCCGUCAAAUCCUACCUCUCCCUCCGCAAACAUGUCUCCAGCUCGGAGCAAUUUCCCACUUGUCGGAUCACCUCCCUCUAGGCCCCAUUCACGUGCCAAUUCCAACCCACAGUCCUUUAGCAGCUCCUAUCGGGACGAUGAUGACAACAUACACGAUACCUCGUCGGUAUACGACUAUAGAGGACAGCGCAUGGAUGACUCGUUCAUCACAUCCAUAUCGUCAUUACCCAUGCCACGUUCAUCGUCGGACUCUGAGGAAGAUGAUUCUGAAUUGGGUUUGGUAAUGGAGCGCCAAACCACGAGUUCGACCGCCUCUCUAGAGCCUUUUGAGCGUGUAGACGCCAUGCAGAAGCAGAUUGCAGAGUUGAUGAGGAGGUUGGCUGAGGCAGACAAAGCCUUGCAAAAGAGAAUAUCGGAACAUGAUUCUGAAGUGGACGAGUUGUCUACGAAAAUCGACGAAUUGCGUAGUGAGCUGAAUGCCUCUAAGCGUGAUGAGAAGGAUCUGAGGUCCAAGGAGCGAACAUACAUGAACCAGAUCUCAGCGCUGGAGAACGAAAUCGCGAAACUUUCAAAGUCCCUGGAAUCUUCCCGCUCAUCUUAUGCUAAUUUACAGAAACAGUACGCUGAACAAUGCAGCGCCUCCGAGAAGUACCGUCAUGACCUGCGCCAGCGGGAAGAGGCGAUCCGAAAUCUCAAGGAAACUGGCUCUUUACAUGAAAUGGAGGCUAUGAAGUGGACAAAAGAGCACGAAGCUUACGAAGCUCGAAUCUCCAGCCUCGAGGGUGAACUGGAACUGGCACAGCAAGUCCAAGCUCAGUUAGAUGAGCAGAAGCAGGAGAAUCUUUUGCUGAAGGAGACGAUUGAUCGCAUGAGGUUUGAUAUGGAUGAGAUGAGAAACAGUGCUUCCAGUGUUAUGGGUGGGUCCAGCGGGAAUUCUAGCGCGGCCAAUACCAUGAGCAAGAGUCUGGGUGCCGAGUUGGCAAGUAAGAUCAAAGGUGGUUGGGGGCUAGAAGACGAAGAGGAGGAUGUCGAAGACGAAGGUGAUAACGCGGAAGCCACGGUCGUAAACGAUAGCGACGGCGAAGAUGUGAUCCAGACAAUUAUAACAAGGAAGAAACGGAAGGUUUCAAGUCGGGCGAAUAUGGUUGAAACCACAACUGUGGAGGAAUACAAAGAAUAUUCCGACACUGCUGUUCAAUACGAUGCUAGUGCCUUUAUAUCGGUAAUAGCGACACAGACAGACCCGGAACCCAUCAUCGUCAAAGCUUCUCUUAGUACUCAAACUGAUGACUCCCCUGCGCCACCUUCCAAACCUACAAUUUCACCAAAGGUCACCAUGGACAUAGAUAUACAAACAGAUUUCGCGGGGAUUGAUGAGACCUCGCGGUCGCCUUCACCCGAUGAAGCGAUGGCUUCUUCCUCAUCAACUAUUAUUCCUCCCACGCCCAAGCCCCAUCAACGAUCCCUUGAAAUUCCCUCUGACCAGCCACCCGCGUACGACCAGCACGAGGAACACGAUCGGGGCAUCGCUUCCGAUACCAUGAAGAAAUUACACCCUGGUGCCGAGACGCCUCUGGUAGGAGUACCAGGUGGUGUUUCAAAAGAGGUUGUCGACGCCUGGGACAUGGUCAAGGCGGCGGUCGGGUGCAAGUGCUCGGUUAUAGACACCGUCAUUGAAAAUUCGGACAUAACCGAGAGCUCUCGCCCACCAAAGGAUACUAAACGUCGGAGAAAUCGUUUCUACAACAUUAUGUAUGUGGUUCGCGAUGGUUCUCCGCCUCUUCCGAACGGUGUGGUCACCCAGGCUGCUAUGGUGUUUGGUGCCUCGGCAUUAGUCCUUCUCGCUCUUGGCCCGUACAUGGUUCCUCAUUAUUCAAUUCCUGGCGGCCCGACCUACUAUGAUCGCACUGCUUGGAACAGCUUUAACACGAUGCAGGCGGCCGGAGAAGGUUUUUCUCCUGAUGGCACUGCAGCCGUAUGGAACUUCUUGGGUCGUGUAGGUGGCGGCGCUGCGCGAAUGGCCAGAGGCUGGCCGACAUGAAUAUAAUGAACGUAAUGCUUUUUUUAUUCGCUUGUACUAAUUGUUUGGGCAUUCUUCUUUUGGCUGGAUUCGUGAUUCACACACUCAUUUCUAUAUCUGCUGCUGUCUUAAGAUACCACUCCACUUACUCUCUUUAUUGCUUUUCCUUAUUAACCCAAAAUGCUUAGCGUACUGAUGUGUUGUAACGGAAAUGUAAUCUGAUGUACAGUGUGGACACUUACAUGUCGUCUAAAGGAGCUAAGCUA